AUGGUCAGUAACCGCGCAGUCCCUGUCAACCCCAAGCUCGACUCUCCCAACCCGCAAAGCCCACGAAGCGGUAGCGCUACAUUUGCUAAAAGCAGGAUUCUUCAUCUAGGCACUGUUCUCCAUGGUACUAUCGUUUCCGUCUCACCUCAGAUGAACACUGCUCUCCGGGCCGUUAAGAUGACCCCCAAGGGUCGUGACCCCAUCUCUCUCGAUACGAUCAACGUCCGCGGCUCCACAAUCCGCAACCUCAUCCUCCCCGACAGCCUCCCCCUCGAUACCCUUCUCGUUGAUGAUACACCUAAGCCGAAGAACAAGGCGCGCAAGGAAGCAGACCGUGGUGGUCGCGGUGGUGGUCGCGGCGGCGGCCCCCGAGGCCGUGGUGGGCGCGGAGGACCCCCCGUGGUCGCGGUCGUGGGCGUGGUUUCUAAAUUUUCUGUUUUCUUAUGA